AUGCAACGAUUUGAUAAGCUUAGCGAUAUUAGUGAUAAAAAACGGCCAUUGAGGUUUAAAGACGUAUACUCCGCUAUCACUCCUACACUCCUGGAAUUCAUGUACGGUGCUAGUGUUUUAACUGUACAGGCGAUCAGUGCAAGUAGCAUGGCCAAUUUUGGUAUGGAGGAAAGCAAAUUCCUUGCCCUAUGCUUUGGAGUUCUGUUCACCGGUGCCACAAUAUCCCAUAUAUUCUUUUACAUAUUCCAGUGCAAAUUUAGAAGAGCCUUUAUUGUAACCAGCUACUCCUUCGCUGUGGGUCUUCUUUGUUCUGCUUUCUACCAAAAUCUUAUUGCUAUACUCAUCGGUAGGUUUCUUAUCGGAUUUGCUGCUGGAAUCAUUGUCAGCUAUCUUCCAACCUACCUCUGCGAGCUGUCCCCAACUUCUUUUAAACCAUUCUUUUCAGCCCUGAAUGUGUGUGGGUUUGCUUCGGGCAUUCUAGUCUUCAAUCUGUUGUAUUCAUUCAUUGUUAAGUACUACUUCUGGUCGAUGAUUUCUAUGGCAGUCUUAUGUUUUAUCCUUCCUGUUUUUUUGUAUAUGUGCAUAGUCUUCAAAAGAGAAAACUGA